AGAACUUUGAACGACUUCCCGCGCACGAUGUACAUGCUUGCCGGCGUUAAAAAAAGAUGGCGCACGUAUACGCCGUUAUGUCCGCUGGUGUGGGAUCGAUGGCUCCUUGCUUGGAGUGCAAUUAAUGUUUGAAGCCGAUGACUUUAGUUUCGCGUGUUCUCUUAAAAGUAAGAUGAUUUGGCGUGACAUAACGAAAAUAUUGUAAUUCAGUUAAUAAUGGCAGAAAGGGGUGCCCAUCUUACAGGGACUACAUUUGCUAAGCCGUCAAUUUUUGAAAUAGCCGCUCAUAAGUCACUCGCUAAAAUACUCGAACCUGCCGCAAAACGAAUUAUAACCUUUUUGGCAUCGAUCGAUCCUGAAAAAUAUGCUUGGCUUCAUCAGUGGUCAAACGAGAUUUAUCUUAUAUCAAUUACCGUGCUUCAAAAUUAUUAUCUAAAUAAUUAUUCUGCUUCAUUUUCCGAGACGUUUUAUGGUUUAAAGCGUAUUGCUUUAACCGAUUCUAAAGGUACGGCAAAACUGAGUAAUAAGCAACUUAAGUUGUCACUUAUAAUUUUAGUUGUUCUUCCGUAUUUUCAAAGGAAAAUUGAGGAUUUGAAAAACGAAAAUACCAACUUAGAUAAGAAAUGGAAAUACUUUAUUCGGAUGUAUAAUAUUCUUUACGUGAUCAAGGAAAUAUUCUCUUUUCGUCAAUAUCUAUUAUAUCUCUCUAAUAAGUCAAUAUAUCCGACACUUUCUCUUCGUCUACUUAAAAUUAAUUUAACAUUUGCCAACAGUAGUAAAGAAACUGGUUUGAUCGAAUUACUUCGGCUAUUAGGUCAAGGCAACAUAAAUGCUAAUAGUGCGUUAGAAAUACUGAGGUUAACGAUAGUACGUUCUAUCGAAGCAAGUGCUUUCUUUCUUCAGUUUCUUCGGUGGUGGAAUCAAGAAAAUUAUGCAGACUUUAAUUUGUUAAGAUUACCAGUUCCUCCUCCGCCGCAGAUUCCAGAAUCCGUGAAAAUAUAUAAAGGUAUAUGUCCAAUUUGUAGAAGAAAACCUUGGAUCCAUACAGCACUGUCCGUUUCUGGAUUCGUUUAUUGCUAUCAAUGUAUCCUACUAGAAAUAAGAAAAAACAAAAAAUGUCCAGUCACUAAUUAUCCAGCAAAGGAAGAUGAUCUUAUUCGACUGUACAUGCACUAAUUUGAUUAAAACAGUAUUUCAAUACUCUGGUUUAAU